AUGCCACAAAGCUAUGCCGAUCCGGAAUGUGGGAGCGAGCGCACGGAGAGAGGCGCCUUGGGAGGUGCGCUCGCUGUGAAUGCGGAUCGUGGGAGCGAGCGCACGGAGAGAGGCGCCUUGGGAGGUGCGCUCGCUGUGAAUGCGGAUCGUGGGAGCGAGCGCACGAAGAGAGGCGCCUUGGGAGGUGCGCUCGCUGUGAAUGCGGAUCGUGGGAGCGAGCGCACGGAGAGAGGCGCCUUGGGAGGUGCGCUCGCUGUGAAUGCGGAUCGUGGGAGCGAGCGCACGGAGAGAGGCGCCUUGGGAGGUGCGCUCGCUGUGAAUGCGGAUCGUGGGAGCGAGCGCACGGAGAGAGGCGCCUUGGGAGGUGCGCUCGCUGUGAAUGCGGAUCGUGGGAGCGAGCGCACGGAGAGAGGCGCCUUGGGAGGUGCGCUCGCUGUGAAUGCGGAUCGUGGGAGCGAGCGCACGGAGAGAGGCGCCUUGGGAGGUGCGCUCGCUGUGAAUGCGGAUCGUGGGAGCGAGCGCACGGAGAGAGGCGCCUUGGGAGGUGCGCUCGAUGUGAAUGCGGAUCGUGGGAGCGAGCGCACGGAGAGAGGCGCCUUGGGAGGUGCGCUCGCUGUGAAUGCGGAUCGUGGGAGCGAGCGCACGGAGAGAGGCGCCUUGGGAGGUGCGCUCGCUGUGAAUGCGGAUCGUGGGAGCGAGCGCACGGAGAGAGGCGCCUUGGGAGGUGCGCUCGCUGUGAAUGCGGAUCUUGGGAGCGAGCGCACGGAGAGAGGCGCCUUGGGAGGUGCGCUCGCUGUGGAUGCGGAUCGUGGGAGCGAGCGCACGGAGAGAGGCGCCUUGGGAGGUGCGCUCGCUGUGAAUGCGGAUCGUGGGAGCGAGCGCACGGAGAGAGGCGCCUUGGGAGGUGCGCUCACUGUGAAUGCGGAUCGUGGGAGCGAGCGCACGGAGAGAGGCGCCUUGGGAGGUGCGCUCGCUGUGAAUGCGGAUCGUGGGAGCGAGCGCACGGAGAGAGGCGCCUUGGGAGGUGCGCUCGCUGUGAAUGCGGAUCGUGGGAGCGAGCGCACGGAGAGAGGCGCCUUGGGAGGUGCGCUCGCUGUGAAUGCGGAUCGUGGGAGCGAGCGCACGGAGAGAGGCGCCUUGGGAGGUGCGCUCGCUGUGAAUGCGGAUCGUGGGAGCGAGCGCACGGAGAGAGGCGCCUUGGGAGGUGCGCUCGCUGUGAAUGCGGAUCGUGGGAGCGAGCGCACGGAGAGAGGCGCCUUGGGAGGUGCGCUCGCUGUGAAUGCGGAUCGUGGGAGCGAGCGCACGGAGAGAGGCGCCUUGGGAGGUGCGCUCGCUGUGAAUGCGGAUCGUGGGAGCGAGCGCACGGAGAGAGGCACCUCGGGAGGUGCGCUCGCUGUGAAUGCGGAUUGUGGGAGCUUGCGCACGGAGAGAGGCGCCUCGGGAGGUGCGCUCGCUGUGAAUGCGGAUCGUGGGAGCGAGCGCACGGAGAGAGGCGCCUCGGGAACUAAGGUUCUAUCACCUUUCCCUCAUCUUCUUCUUGUAUUGUUCUUAUCCCCCUUCCAGAGCAACUCAAGACAGUAUACUGCAUUGUUCCGGGGUGCACGGGGUACGCUCAACAUCAUGGACCCGACUGAUGAUGCUCAAACAGAUAUUCACUACUAUAAAUGUCGCAGCUGCAGUAAGAGAUUGAAGACCUAUUCCGCCCUUGUCGCCCACGAGCAAAUGCACCUCAACACGCCCGCUGACGACGCGUUCUUUGAAUCUGCUGGUUCGUCGGCCACGACUCGUCGCGGAGUGCUUGUGCAGCCGCAUGAACCAUUCAUCCGACUGGUGAAGCACCCGGAUUUUGACGUUGCUCAGCUAGAGCAGUGGAACGGGCAACAUGCAAUAGACAAGUACGCGUGCCAGGAGUUUGGCAUCGAGAAGAUUGUGUUUAAGACGGUGAUAGUGCGAGUGCCUGGUUGGCACCGAACCUUCAAAGUGAAGUUCCUGGAUCCGAUAGAGGCGCUGAAACGCAUGUGGGCUGAUCCACGCAAUCAAAAGGGAUUCAUUCAUAAAGCUGCCCGCAAGAUGGUUAAUGGUAAACGUGUGUCAAUUCCGCUCACGGAUCCCUUUGGGAAUGUGUACACCGUAUGGCCGAAGCUGUUCACAUACGUCGCUGAUUUCCCUGAAACGUGCAGAGUGACCUGCACCAAGCAACAGAACGCCAAUAGGCCAUGCUCUAUCUGUGAGGUGCACCAUAAAAGCCUUCACAACGUGGACCCUUCUAGCGCGGCAAAGAUCCGCACGGUCGAGGAGCAGAGGAAGUACGCCGCCGACGCAAACAUGGCGAAGGAAUACUCAACACACAUGACGAAGGUGGGCACAUGUUUCUAG